GCUUGAUUGUAUACUGGAGAAGUAUCACCACCAGAGGGGGCUCUUUACCAGACGUGUUCUUUUUUUGCGAUCCAUUUAUCACGACUCGAGCUUGUUGCCAUCAUAACGUUAGAUCGACCCAAUAAGAGUGAAGCCUUGGUCUUGAGAUGGCCGGGAUCGGGCAGGUCGUGUACUCCAUCUUGGAAUUCCUUGAGGAUCAGAUCAAGAGCGGAACGCUGGGAGAAGAAGCAGCUGAAAGUAUUGAAGUUGCAACACAGUGUUUAGAGACAGCUUACGGGAUCAACACAAGGGACGAUGGAUCGAUGCGACCAGAUCGCUCACUCAUAGAGAUCUUCAGCACAGUUUAUGGAACACAGAAUACAGGGGUUAGCACUGACCCACACUUGGAACCAGACAUCGCUCGUCCGGCCGCACCCGAUGUGUGUUCAGCAACACCGGCGAACGGGGCUCAGCCUUCGGAAGAAGACAAGCAGAAAGCUGAAGACUUUAAGAACCAAGGCAAUGAGCUAAUGAAACGCGAGAGGUACGGCGAAGCGGUCGAAUGCUACAACAAGUCAGUCAGCAUAGACUCCACCAACGCCGUGUACUACAGCAACCGGGCAGCUGCCUUCAGUAAACUGGAGAACCACAAGAAGGCGUUAGAGGACUGCGAUAGAGCCAUCAAGAUAGACCCCAACUACAGUAAAGCCUACGGUCGGAUGGGGCUGGCCUACACACAUCUGAAUGACUUACGCCGGGCAAAGGACGCCUAUGCCAGGGCGGUGGAGCUAGAACCAGGCAACGACAGCUACCAGACAAACCUCCGAAUCGCGGAGAAGAAACUCAAAGAUGCCAAUCUGGGGGGUGGUGGGGGCGGUGGCAUGCCCAACUUGGGCCAAGGUCUUGGCGGUAUGGAUCUAGGAUCAUUCCUGAACAACCCAGCACUCAUGAACGCGGCAUCGUCACUAUUACAGAAUCCACAGAUGCAGAAUAUGAUGAGUUCAAUGAUGGGGCAAGCCAUGCAGCCUGAGGAAGGCCAGAAUCCAGAUCAGCAAGCUAGUAUGGCAAACCUCCUACAAGUCGGGCAGCAAAUGGCCAGCCAGAUCCAACAACAGAACCCAGACCUAGUGCAGCAGAUACAAGGCUUGCGUAACCGACAGAACCAACCGGGGGGCGGUGGUCGUGGUAGCGGGGGACCAGGUUCACAAUCACAGGAAGGCCCCGAUCCGCCAGCAAGUUAAUUUUUCAUUUUUAUUCCAUCAUCAUUUCUUAAAUUCAAAUGGAAGUGUGAAUUUAUUUUAAAAUUCAGAGGAUGUUCCGCUCAAUCAGUUUAAUUGUUAUUUUUUUUGUAUUAUUAUCAUGCCACUGCUGUGCUCUUUCAGGAGAAAUUCUCCAUAUCCACUGCACGCAGAAGUAUUAAAAAAAAAAGUAAAUACAAGGGAUAAAGAAAAGUUCAACUCAUUUAUAAAAUUUGUCUGUUUGUUACCCUGCAGAUUGUGUUUUACAAAAUUGCAACUUAUAGGCAAUCCAUCCCCGCAGAAUGAAAUAAAAGCACCUCUGUUUCGCUCAUCCUAUA